GUGGGGAUCUUUGGUCAAUAGAACAUUAGUUGGAGAUGAUAUUUCAGGUUUUGAUUCAACUUCUGAAAAAAAAAUAUUUAAUACGAAUGAUACUAAUAAUAACAAAAAACAAGCAAUGGACA